AGUUCUGCCUUUAAUCACUAACAAACGAAUCGAUGAUGUCUACGUUCAAGAUCUGGCAUAUCUUCUGCUGUUGCAGGUUGCGGCCCAGCUUGCGGCAGAGUGCAGCAAUUGGCUUUGGGGAUAGCCGGAUGUGAAAUUAACUUCAAGGAUAUGAAAAUGGCACAUCAAAUGGGCCACAAGCAAAGCACACGCAACCAAACGGAAGAGCUUAAAUAAACCAUACAAAAACAGUCCCGAAAAUAAAAGAGAGUACAAAAACAACAGCAACACAAAAGCAACACUGCCGGAACAACAGCAACAAUAGCAACAAAAGCAGCCUCAAAUCAGCAGGAGGAAGUCGCAGCAGAGCGAAAAGAAAAGUGAAAGCCAAAAGCCGAAAGCCCAAAUUGUAAAUGCUCCGUGUAAACACUUGAAAGCUCGUUAGGAUAAUACAUCCUGUGCCUGACACACACACACACACACACACUGAGGAAAGGUAGAGCAACGGCAGGUAGAGAGGCGCUGAUGAGGGCAUCUCGUUGUGUCACGAUGCGCCGCCAACAGUGUCUGAGUAGCCACCAUCAGGACAAGCUGAAUCAGCAGCAGCAGCAGCAUCACUGCCAGCACACCCACACACACACAAGCACAGGAGACACACAGCAGGUAGAGCAGCAGCAGCAGCAGCAGGACGAGUGCCCGUUUCAGGCCAUUGCCAUUGCCAUUGCAUAGUCGCGCUUCCGUUUCCGUCUGCUCACUCGCUUGCCUCAUUUCCGCUGCGGCUGCAAUUAAGCGAAAUAACCCCCGAAAAAGUACCAACAAAAUGGCGCACGAGACAAACUUUAAUGAUGCACUCGACUACAUUUACAUCGCCAACACGAUGAAUGAUAAUGCCUAUCUCAUAGCCGAGCCCCAACCCGAUCUGCCCGAUGACGACCACGACAAGGAGGAGGAGGAUGAGGACGCUGAUGAAGAGUCGUUGGAGGUGCAGGACACAAACAACAAUAAGCAGCGAAAACAUUACUACGGCUCUGUGCCGAAGAAGAGAAAACCUUUUCCCAGCACCCUAGGCAUGAGUCCGACCACCACCGACCAGACCACCGCCCCUACCUCACCCCUGACCACAGCCGCGCUGGCGGCAGCAGCUGCCAGUGCCUCGGUGGCCGCCGCAGCAGCCAGGAUCACAGCCAAGGCUGCACACCGAGCCCUGGCCACCGCAGGAGGAUCCCUCAAUGGCAAGGAGGUAGCCAUGGCGACGGCAACGGCAACGGCGACAGCAACGGCAACGACGCUCCAGCUCAUUGAUCUGGACAACAAUUAUACGAAUGUGGCCGUGGGCCUGGGGGCAAUGCUGCUCAAUGACACACUGCUCCUGGAUGGCAGCAGCAACAGCAACGACUCAAUGCUGGGCCUCUUCGGCGUGAUGGUGAACCAGAGCGGGCAACUGGAUACGGCCAAUGGCAAUGGCACGGCCAUCAAUGUGACGACAAGCGAAGUGGCCGAGGAUGAUUUCACGCAUCUGCUGCGAAUGGCAGUGACAUCGGUGCUGCUUGGACUGAUGAUACUGGUGACCAUCAUCGGCAAUGUGUUUGUUAUAGCUGCCAUCAUACUGGAACGAAAUCUGCAGAAUGUGGCCAACUAUUUGGUGGCCUCCCUGGCCGUUGCCGAUCUGUUUGUUGCCUGCCUGGUGAUGCCCCUGGGAGCUGUAUACGAGAUCAGCCAGGGCUGGAUACUUGGACCGGAGCUGUGCGACAUUUGGACAUCCUGUGAUGUGCUCUGCUGCACUGCCUCCAUUCUGCACUUGGUGGCCAUUGCUGUGGAUCGCUACUGGGCGGUGACCAACAUUGACUACAUCCAUUCGAGGACCAGCAACCGGGUCUUCAUGAUGAUCUUCUGUGUGUGGACGGCGUCGGUGAUUGUCUCGCUGGCGCCGCAAUUUGGCUGGAAGGAUCCGGACUAUCUGCAGCGCAUCGAGCAGCAGAAGUGCAUGGUCUCGCAGGAUGUGUCGUAUCAGGUCUUUGCCACCUGUUGCACGUUCUAUGUGCCGUUGCUGGUUAUCCUUGCGCUUUAUUGGAAAAUCUACCAAACGGCCCGCAAACGCAUUCAUCGUCGACGACCGCGGCCGGUCGCUGCGGCUGUCAAUAAUAAUCAGCCGGAUGGAGGUGCGGCAACAGAUACAAAACUUAAUCGACUGCGUCUACGCCUUGGAAGAUUCUCCACAGCCAAGACCAAGGGCGGAAACCUGGCAGGAGGAGCUGGUGGCGGAGCGGCAGUGGGAGCAGCAGGAGGCGGCGGAUCCGCUGGCACGGCCCUGUGCCUGGUCGAAGGCAACUCGACAAAUACGGUCAACACUGUGGAGGACACCGAGUUCAGUAGCUCGAAUGUGGAUAGCAAGAGUCGUGCUGGCGUCGAGGCACCCAGCACAUCGGGCAACCAGAUAGCCACCGUCUCCCACCUGGUGGCCCUGGCCAAGCAGCAGGGCCAGGCGGCAGCGAAGUCGGUGGAAAGCAAUGGCGCUGUAGAGAUUGGCAGCGGUGGGGAGCACGAGGCAGCAGCCACAACCGCAACAUCAGCAACGCCGGCGGUGGCCACGGGCAUCACAGCAUCAGCAGCAGCAGCGCCAGCAACGGCAGCCGCAUCCCCCACAGCAGCAGCAGCAGCAGCAGAUGGGGAAAACAGCGAACAGGGCAAGGCGAAUGGCUCGGGGGCUGCCGUGGAGGUGCUCGAGGAUCCUCAACUGCAGCAGCAGCUGGAACAAGUGCAGCAACUACAAAAAAAUAGCAAAUCCGGUGGCGGUGGUGGGGGGGCGAGCACUUCGAAUGCCACAACGAUUACAUCAAUAUCAGCACUGUCCCCGCAGACGCCCACAACGCCGACAGUGGGUGGCGGCCCUGGGGCACCGCAGGCGGCCGGUCCGAUGACAGCCAAAACCAGUACGCUGACAAGUUGCAACCAGGAACAUCCGCUGUGCGCCUCCACCAGCUCCAUGCCCGUGACGCCCGAGCCGCGAUCCAAGCAGCUCCCGGGCUCUGCUCAUCCGGCGGGGCAACAGCAGCAGCUGUCGAGCAUUUCCAAUCCCAUGCAGAAGGUGAACAAGCGCAAGGAGACGCUGGAGGCGAAGCGCGAACGGAAGGCGGCCAAAACCCUGGCCAUCAUCACGGGCGCAUUCGUGGUCUGCUGGCUGCCCUUCUUCGUGAUGGCCCUGACGAUGCCCCUGUGCGAUGCAUGCCAGAUCAGCGACAGCGUGGCCUCGCUCUUCCUCUGGCUGGGCUACUUCAACUCCACCCUGAAUCCGGUCAUCUACACCAUCUUUAGUCCGGAGUUCCGGCAAGCCUUCAAGCGCAUUCUGUUCGGCGGACACCGGCCCGUCCACUAUCGCAGUGGGAAGCUUUAGAUAGUGCACGCGAAGAGGCGAAGACGCUUCUGCUAAGCCGGCAAGUGGAUGCAGGUCUUGCCUCUUCGGCGGUACACAACAGAUAUUCGGGGGCAGAGAGCAGAA